GCUAGGGGAAGUGACGUCACAGCGCGAUGGCGGCGGCUCCCUCAGGCAGCUGAAGGAGAUCUUAGGCCCGGAAGAUCCGAGUCCAUCCGCGGCGGGGAGAAGGCGAGCGGCGCCGGCGGGGGCCGGAGCAGGGGCGGCGACGCUCGGACUGUCCCAUCCGCCCCGUAUUGAGGCGCUGGGAGCGGUGGGGCGGCCGGAAAGCGAUGGUGAAAGCGGGGCCGUGAGGGGGGCGGAGCCGGCAGCCGGACCCGCAGUAGCGGCAGCAGCGGCGCCGCCUCCCGGAGCUCAGACCCAGGAAGCGGCCGAGAGGGCAGCAGCGAGCCGGGCCGCGCCGCCACCAUGGAGCUCAGAGUCGGGAACAGGUACCGGCUGGGCCGGAAGAUCGGCAGCGGCUCCUUCGGAGACAUCUAUCUCGGUACGGACAUCGCUGCCGGCGAGGAGGUCGCCAUCAAGCUGGAGUGCGUCAAGACCAAGCACCCGCAGCUCCACAUCGAGAGCAAGAUCUACAAGAUGAUGCAGGGCGGAGUGGGCAUCCCCACCAUCCGGUGGUGCGGGGCGGAGGGAGACUACAACGUGAUGGUGAUGGAGCUGCUGGGCCCCAGCCUGGAGGACCUCUUCAACUUCUGCUCCCGCAAGUUCAGCCUCAAGACCGUCCUGCUGCUGGCCGACCAGAUGAUCAGCCGCAUCGAGUACAUCCACUCGAAGAACUUCAUCCACCGGGACGUGAAGCCGGACAACUUCCUCAUGGGCCUGGGCAAGAAGGGCAACCUGGUCUACAUCAUCGACUUCGGGCUGGCCAAGAAGUACCGGGACGCCCGCACCCACCAGCACAUCCCCUACCGGGAGAACAAGAACCUCACGGGCACGGCGCGCUACGCCUCCGUCAACACGCACCUCGGCAUCGGUGAGCCACGCGGCGAGCGGCCGCGGCGGUGCUUCUGGAGGCCGCGGGCGCCGGUGCGGCGCCGUCUGGCCCCUGGGAGUCGGAGGCGGGACUGGAACAGACUGCGCCUGCCGCGCCCGGAGCCCCGAGGCCCGGGCGGAGGGGUGGGGCGGACCCCGUCUGGCCAGAAGGACCCUCUGGGCUGCGGACACUGGGCACUUGGUGGAGGCGGGCGCCAGAGCCCCAUCCGGGGUGUGGCCGUGGGCAUCCUGCAGGACCCCGAGGGCCAGCGGCCCCACUGCCCCAGGCUGCGUGGCGGAGCGGUCGGCGUGUUGGCGUGUGUCCACCGUCUGUACUCGGCGGCGUGUAAAUAA